CCGAGCACAGCUCGCUGAGAGCUCCGAGCCACUGCAGCAUGAGCCGCCACCUGGACGCGGCGCGGAGCUUCCUGGAGCAGCUGGAGGCCCGCGACCGCCGGGAGGGGGCAAUCCUCGCGGGCGAGUUCAGCGAUAUUAAGGCACGCUCCGCGGCCUGGAAGACGGAGGGUGUGUGCUCCACCAAGGCCGGCAGUCAGCUUGGGAAUAUUAGGAAGAACCGCUACAAAGAUGUGGUGCCAUAUGAUGAGACUCGAGUUAUCCUCUCCCUGCUCCAGGAGGAGGGACACGGAGACUACAUCAAUGCCAACUUCAUCCGGGGAACAGAUGGAAGCCAGGCCUACAUUGCUACACAAGGACCCCUGCCUCACACUCUGUUGGACUUCUGGCGCCUGGUGUGGGAGUUUGGGGUCAAGGUAAUCCUGAUGGCCUGUCAAGAGACAGAGAACGGGCGGAAGAAGUGUGAGCGUUACUGGGCCCAGGAGCGGGAGCCACUACAGACCGGGCCAUUCUGUAUCACCUUGACAAAGGAGACACCGGUGAAUGCAGACAUUGUUCUCAGAACCCUUCAAGUCACAUUCCAGAAGGAAUCCCGCACAGUGCACCAGCUACAGUAUACAUCCUGGCCAGACCACGGGGUUCCUAGCAAUCCUGACCACAUGCUCACCAUGGUGGAGGAGGCCCGUCGCCUCCAAGGAUUUGGCCCUGGACCCCUCUGUGUCCACUGCAGUGCCGGCUGCGGAAGAACAGGUGUCCUGUGCGCUGUUGAUUACGUAAGGCAGCUGCUGUUGACCCAGACAAUCCCACCCAAUUUCAGCCUCUUCGAUGUGGUCCUUCAGAUGCGGCAGCAGCGGCCUGCGGCGGUGCAGACAGAGGAACAGUACAAGUUCCUCUACCACACGGUGGCUCAGCUGUUUUCCCGUGCUCUCCAGAAGACCAGCCCCGAAUACCAGAACCUCAAGGAGAACUGUGCCCCACUCAGCAAGGAUGCCUUCUCUGUCCGGACUUUCCCAGCUCCUCCUGCCAUACCCCGCCCAUCAGGUGGUGUUCUCAGGAGCAUCUCGGUCCCUGGGCCCGCGUCUCCUCCCAUGGCGGACACUUACGCGGUAGUGCAGAAGCUUGGCGCUCCCACGGGCCAGGGACCGGGGACGCGGGUGCCCAGCAGCCAGGAGACCCCGGUCUACAGCCAGGUGACGCCGCGUGCCCAGCGGCCCGUGGCACCUACCGAGGACCAGCGGAGGACGCCGCCCAGCCGCGUUCCUGCGGAUCACAACCCUCCCGGGCCUGACGCCUAUGAGGAAGUAGCAGAUGGGGCUCAAACUGGAGGGCUAGGCUUCAACCUGCGCAUUGGAAGGCCGAAAGGGCCACGGGAUCCCCCGGCGGAGUGGACCCGGGUAUGAGUGCUGCGCCUGUUCCUGCCUAUUGCUCCCAUGGGUGACUGGACUUGUGUAGUGCCAUGUAGUGGGAACGGGACUGCUGGGGCCUGGAUCAAAAUAAAAGUUUCUCAGGGUGGAAAAAAAUGAGGGCUUUGCCCCAGUAAUUAUAGUAAUCAAGGCCGGAGGCUUGGGUAGGUAUGUGCGGACAGUGAAUUUCUCAGUAAAUUCAAGAAAGAACAUCAGGAGUGGGCCGUGCACCACCAUGCUCCCACCCCUGAAGUAAAGCAUAUAACUCAUCAGUAGGCUUUCAGGGACUUCCCCUUAUCACAUAUUGAGAAGUGCAUCCUCAGUAUCUGAGCAUCCCUUGCCUGGACACUCAGGUGACCACACAGAGAGGUGCAUGGAUCCUGAGACAGCUAAGCAGACACACAGAAAAAAGAUUCCCAGGUAGGCAAACAGAUGGAUCGCCAAACCUGGACCUUGAGUCAGACCCAUAAAUAGCCACACCUUCAAGAGAUUGUCUAUGGCAAGACAGACCUCAGCCAGAGAAAAAUAAAUCAACCAAUAGCUUUAAAUUGGUCCCAGCCAGUGACCACCAGACAGUCCCCCAAAGUCAGACCUCUGCCAGCUAGACAGCCAGAUGGAUUCCUAGCUAGACAGAACCCCAGACGUAACAGCUCCCAGCUGGACAGACCCACAGACAUCUUAGCUAGACAGACCUCAACCCAGACCCCCAUAUAGGGCAAACUGAAUAGGACUGCAUAAACACCAUAGCCAGCCCCUCCUGUAUAGAUAAGGCCCCCAUCUGAUAGGUGGACAUUUGGGUGACAAACUACUUUCAGCCAAAGAUAGAUAGACCCCAAGUUCAUGAGCCAACUAGAUCCCAAGCUAGAUGGAUAGACAUCAGCUAGCCAGAUGCCCAGGUGGACCCCAGCUAGUCAUAUGAUCCCCAGAUGAACAGACAAACCUCCCAAAUGAGCACAUACACAUCUCCAGCCAUACAGAUGGACACCUAAGACACAAUUCCAGCUUGACAAAACUUCAGACAGAUUCCUGCUUGAAUAUAUUGGUAGAACCCCAGCUAGAAAUACAGCAGCUAACCUGACCCUCAGCUAGACUCCCAAAGGGUGACAAAGAUCUCCAGCUGGCCAGAGAAAUGGACCACCCAGAAAGACAGAAGUUCAAACUUGAGAUGCAAGAAAGAAGAUUCACUGAUGCUAGAGAGAUGGCUCAGCAAUUAAGAGCAAACUUGCUGUUCUUGCAGAGGACCCAGGUUUGGUUCUCAGCAC